AAAGGAAAAUAUACAAGCUUGACUGAAAAAUAUAGGAAACACUCUGAAAGGGACAGACCCUCUACAAAGAUGUGCCGUUACUACCACAUUGAGUAUUUCCUUCUGCCGGAUGACAGAGAGCCUGAAAUAGUUGACAUGGUGGUGUUUCCAGCAGUGGCCAAAGUGUUCCUGGAUUCAGGAGUAAAGACUGUGAGGCCGUGGCGUGAAGGGGACAAAGCCUGGGUGUCGUGGACCCAGACUUUAAAUGUCAAUAUGACGAAGGAAUUACUAAAGAAAAUAAACUUUCACAAAAUAACCCUGAAGCUCUGGGACACUCAGGACAAGGUUUCGAGAAAAGUCAGGUGUUUUCGGUUAAAGAAGACUGGGUAUUCAGAUGAUGCGGUAUCUUACGAGGAAGUGAGGCGUUUGGUGUUAAGUCAGAGGAGUCUGUCUGAACAGGGCAUUCAUGUCAAAGAGGAGUGUAACCUGGAGGAUGCACCAGUGAGACCAGAAGAAGCAAGAAGACACUUAAAGUCUUUGUGUGGUUUUCAUACAGGAAACCCUGAAACUUUUUCCAAGGACACCAAGGAAUAUGAAAAGCAACAAAAAGCAGAAGAUCUUGGCUCAGUUCGAUGGAGUAUUUCAGGAAGACCAACUCUAUUUUUGGACAAGACAUCCAUGAUAGAGAUGAAGGAAUUACUUGAGAAUUCAUCUCUUACCAGCUUAACAAAUGUAUUAAAAAAGCAAAAAUUUCAGAUCAAAUGGAAGGAAUCAGAGGGGAAAAGGAAAAGCCAGAAGAGAGUGAAGAUGUCUGGAGCAGAAGAGGAAGCUGACCCCAAGCUGGCAGGCCCCUUGAAGCAGGGCGCCUUCUGCAUCCAGCUUGCGGUGAUGCCGCUCCUUGCAGGACGGCGAACGGUGGUGAGUCGUGCCAGCGAGAAGUCUGCCAACAUUUCAGACUGCUUUUUAACCUUUAAAACAGAAGUUCCUAUCAUGACGGAGGAGCAAAAGCGGGACUUAAACCCCCUGACUAUAAAGAUCAAGUGCGUGUCCUGCCUGCCGUCACAGCCUGUGCCCGUCCAUGAGCUGGAGCGGCUGUGCACCCCCGUGUACUGCAAGUACCAGUUCCAUAAGACUCCGGUUCAUGAGACUGAGGGGAAGCCGCAUGCAGCCCACAUCUCAUUCCAGGACAUCAACGUCGUCUUCCUUGGGGCCAUGCAGCCCAGCGACCUGAGGGAGUACCUGGGGGGCCCGCCCAUGGUGGUGGAAGUUCACGACCGGGACCGCAAGUCAGAGCAGUAUUCCCAGGAGCCCACCCUGUUUGGGGACGACCCCCUGGAUUCACAUCUCAACCUCCAUGCCCUCAUCUCUCCCAAAGAGACAGAGAACAACCCCUUUGCAUCUCAAAACAAGCUGUGGGACCCUUAUGGGGUUGCCCAGGUCAGUUUUGCCGACCUCCUCCUCGGCUGCAAGUACUUGAACCUAGCUGUCCCCGUCCACAGUUGCGAGGCCCCGCCCACUCACCGCAGCCAGGAUGGCCGGGCCAGGAAGGUCAUGGGGCUUCACGUCCCCACGGACGGCCUCCAGCAUCACCCGAUGCCCAAGGGCGACUACCUAGAGGCCGACUCCCUGCUCAAGCUGCGGGUGGACAUUGCGGUGUCGCUGCAGGCCGGGACCGAAAUCCCCAAUCCAGACCCCACAGGCGCCCAGUUUGGCCGCAUUAUUUUCGUGUUUGACUGCAGGAGGGCCUUCCUCCUGUACAGCCUGCUGCAGGACAUCACCGCGAUCAACGCCAGGGCCCUCGAUCUGGGCUCCUGUCCUGUCAAGGACAGCCAGCAGGUCCUGUCAGCCUUCAAGAUGCGGGUGAAGGUCCAGGAGCGGCAGGACCUGGAUGUGCUCACAGGCUUCCACCUGCUGGACGGGAAGAUCCACGUCCUCAUUCUGGAAGGCUUGGCCAACCGAGGUCUGAAGCGGCUGUGGGACAGCCACCAAAGCCGAAAAAUAUCACGGGAGCCUACCAGGUCAGCAAGAAGUCUCCAAAGUCCACGGUGAAGGUGAUCAGAAUUUCAGCGCCUGCCAACAAUGAUGCCU